GCAUCGGUGCUUAUGGAACUGUUCGUAAAACAGCUUCAAGAUUUCCAAAAGAGUUGAGAAUAAAAAAAAACGUCAAACUUGAUUGUGACAUUCGUUCUGAUGUUAUAAUAAAUGGUGUAUUAUCAGUUUUUUGGCAAGAUAAUGGGCCGGUAACAAUGUUAUCAACAAUCCAUGAUCUUGUUGGUGAGAAAUGGGAGAUAGAACAUGAAAGGCAACGACCAAGAGAAACAAGUACCAAUGUCACAAAG